AUGGAAGACGCGAUGGACUUCAUGGAGAGCCGUCCUCUAGUGGGAUUCCAAAUGGACGGCUCGCAUCUUCAUGAUGUGCUGCAGAACAUUAUUGAGGAACAGCAACAGCAGUCGAAAUACCAACAACUGAAUGCUCAGCGGCUCACUGACAUCGAAGAUGAGCUCCAUAAAAUUGGGGCGCGUCAGAAAGAGUUUGAAAGGGCGCUUGGGAACAUCGGCCCCGACACUCUUCGCAAAAUGCGCCAGAAGCUGGAUGAUGUGACUGAAGGACUAGAUAACUUGGUCCUGGACGUGAAGAAUACCCGGCAGUUGGGAGAGGAAGCUGCGCAUGUGGCUGACGACGCCAACUCUGGUGUGCAGAACAUGCGGCGGGAACUGGCUCCUCUCAGGGAGCGGCAGGACCAGCUGCAGCAGGAAAUUGAUGAUGUGAUAGCAGAGUCAGCUGAGCAGAACCGGCACCUUGGUGAUGCUCUCAAGGAGAUUGAGCAUGAUCAUAUGCAGCAGACCGGGCAUAUGCAAGAACUAAUUCGCGAAUUGCAGAACAGGGAAGGUCGUGAGGAGUGGAAGAAGUUGCAUGGCUUGAUAGAUGAGUUGGGUGAGCGCACCGACAAGAAUUUUCGAAGCGUAGAGGAUAGCGCCCGUGCCGUUGAUGCGGAACUCGCCCGCCACCGCUCUGAGCUUGACUGUCUGCAGGGUGACAUGGGCGCGCUCGACGCCAAAACGCGUAAGGGCAUGGCGAGCAUUGCGAAGGACCUUGACGCCAAGUGCGAGAUGAUCCUCGACAUGCUGCGCGACCACAGACGUAGCUCGAAGGAGAUCGAGGACCACAUGGUGGCUGCUGGGCAGGCACUUGCGCAGUGGGAGGAAAAGCAGCGCAAUGGUGCGAGUACCGGGGGCCGCGCGUACGAUCAGAUUGGCAGUGCGCGACGAAAUGGUUGGUAG